AUGAACCGCAAAAACGACGCUGUGCACGUGGAGAAGAAGGAGCAGGAUGACUACAGCUCGCAGCCCGUAGACGAAAGCCUCCCGACCACCCCGUUGGUCGUCUUCUUUGCCCUCUUCAUCGCCCUCGGCGGUUGGCUGUUGAAUUUCGACCUCACCUACUCUGGCACGGUGCUACAAAUGAGUACGUUCCGAUCCUCAUUUGGCACAUGCAUCCAAGAGCAUGGCGAAAGCAGUCUGGUCUGCAGCAUUACGGCCCUACAACAGAGUCUCACAAACAUCUCAUCCCUCUUCAUUGGACUUGGCGCUGCCCUUUCUGGACUCCUCGGGUCGUGGCUUGGCCGUCGAACGUGUAUUCAACUCGGUUGUCUGAUCCAGGCCGUUGGUGCUGCAGGAUCGAUGGGCACGGCGGGUAACUACGUCGCUUAUGUUGCGUGCAAGUGCAUUACAGGCGUCGGGCUGGGGUUGCUUUAUGCGUCGACACUUCCGUACGGCAUCGAAUUCAUGCCACCGCGGAGACGUGGAGCCAUGAUCGCUCUAUUCAAUAUCGGCUUGUCGUUGGGUUCCAACUGUAUCGGGGUCAUUUGUCUGGGAUCGUCGUCGCUGAAGAGCAACUGGGCUUGGAAGAUUCCCAUCAUUUGCGAGAUACCUGUCGCGGCAGUAUAUGGGACGUUUAUCAUGCUAUAUCCAGAAUCCCCACGUUGGUUAGUCCUUCAUGGGCGCGACGAGGCCGCCGUGGAGGCAUUCUUGAGCAUGUACAAAGGCCACAUGACGCGAGGUAAAGCCGAGGCCAUUGUGGCAAGUGUCAAGCAGAAUAUCGAAAGCUACCUCGACAUGGCGAGCUCGACGACAUGGACCGAGAUUUUCCGGCGACAUUACUUUCCAAGGAUGCUCACGGCCGCUUUGGUGCUCAUUGCCAGCAUCAUCUGUGGCACCUUUUUCGUCCAUACAUACGUUGCGCUCUUCUUUGGCCAGCUCAAAGUCUCCCAGAAUCCGUUCGUGCUUAAUUGCAUCAUCGAAGCUUGCAGCUUUCCUGGGGCUUGCGCUGGGCCUUUCAUCGCUGAAGGUCUCGGUCGGCGGCGUGCACAGCUGGCUGGCUAUGCGAUGCUUGGCUCGUUGAUGCUCAUCGCUGGGAUCGUCAAUACCUGUCUUGGAUCCCAAAACACGACAGGUUUGAUUGUACUAAUCACGCUCCUCUGCCUCUGGUCCGCGAUCGCUGCCGCCUUCGUGACUUCGACGGCAUGGCUCUUAGCUUCUGAGCUCCACUCCGUUCGACUACGGACUUACGGCCAGGCCUUCGUCAUGGGUGUGUCAUUCAUCUUCCAAUUUGCCAACAAUUUCUACUUGCCGUAUAUGCUCAACCCCAGAUACGGAAACAUGGGAGUCAAUAUCACAUACUUCUUUUUCGGCAUUUCUGCAGCAGCUCUGGUCAUUGUCUUCUUUCUCGUGCCGGAGACGGGACUGUUGUCACUGAAGCAACUCGACAAUCAAUGGUCCGCCGGACAGCGAGCUUGGCAGACUUCGUUGCGGAAAAAUCGGACCAUUUCUGCAAGGGGCCAGGAGUUUGGCUUGGGGCUUGCUAAUGAGUGA